AUGAGUACUCCAAAUGGAUUCCCACAGCACUCAGGGACUUGUGUUACUCAGAGCAUGGAGGGUGGAGCAGUCCAGGACCUGCACGCUAAAAAAGCUGGCAAAGCAGCAAAGAAGGAGGCUGGCAGCAAUGGGAUGCUUACCUUUGGGGAUGCUCCAGGUGUAGGCACCUCUUUAAAUGAGAACAUAAAGCUUCUACCAGGUGAACUGAAAGCUAAUAUGAAAAUUAAGUCGUUCACUCCAAGACCUCCUCGGAAGCCCCGGCUGGAACGCGCUGCGUCUCUGGAUGAGAAAAGCUGGAGGAGAUGGAGACGGUUUAAAACAAGUCAGGAAAGUCUGACUGAUCCCAAUGAAACGAGUUCCUCAAAUGGUUCCCUGCAGGAAGCAUCCCUCAGCCCUCCCAGGGGUAGGGCAAGCCCCUUCCACCAGUGCUGCCAGCAAAACUCCUUGCACAGUUCAUCAGACGCCUUGGAAGCCAGUUCCUUGGGGAAGAGCAAAGGAGGCACCUCCGACCUGGGGAAACGAGCCUCUGAGAUCUCCGUUGCCUUUGGUGGGCUCCUGAAGGGGAAGACAUUUGUGGGCAGCAAACCCAGGCUGUCCCAAGUAAUGCCAGCUCGACCUCUGCCACCUCUGGAGCUGAACGUGGGCUCUCGGGCACUGAGGACAGCUAAUAGGAUUGAUGCAGAUUGUCUGGAUUAUCGACAUUCUCAGCCCAGGUUCGGGAGGGUGAGCAGCAGCUUGAGCGAUACCAGGCUGCAUGGCACCGGGAUGGUCUAUGAUAAUUGCUCCACAGACUCCAUGAAAUCCACGUUCAGCCUCCUCACUCCCAUUCGCUCCAAGGAUGUCCGAAGCAGAAGCUAUUUGGAAGGUAGCCUUCUGGCAAGUGGUGCCUUAAUGGGAGCAGAAGAACUUAGCAGAUAUUUUCCUGAUAGGAAUAUUGGAAUUUUUGUGGCCACCUGGAACAUGCAGGGUCAGAAGGAACUUCCAGUGAAUCUGGAUGACUUCUUAUUGCCAACAGAUCCUGACUAUGCCCAGGAUAUGUAUGUCAUUGGGGUUCAAGAAGGCUGUCCAGACAGAAGGGAGUGGGAGAUCCGGCUGCAGGAGACCCUGGGCCCACACUAUGUCAUGCUCUACUCUGCUGCCCACGGGGUGCUCUACAUGUCAGUCUUCAUUCGGAGGGACCUGAUCUGGUUCUGCUCAGAAGUGGAAUAUGCCACGGUGACAACUCGAAUUGUAUCUCAGAUCAAAACCAAGGGAGCUCUGGGAAUCUGCUUCACGUUUUUUGGGACCUCCUUUCUCUUCAUCACCUCCCACUUCACAUCUGGGGACAGCAAGGUGAACGAGAGGAAGCUGGACUACAAUAAAACCAUUCAAGCCCUUACACUUCCCAAAAACGUUCCGGACACAAACCCCUAUCGAUCCAGUUCUAGUGAUGUCACAACUCGAUUUGAUGAAGUGUUCUGGUUUGGUGACUUCAACUUCCGACUAAACAAGGAUCGUGAGACUGUGGAUUCCAUCUUGAACCAGAACCCAGACACAGACGUGUCCAAGCUACUGGUGUAUGACCAGCUCACUAGUGAGAUGAACAGGGGGUCUAUUUUCAAAGGAUUCCAGGAGGCUGACAUUCAUUUCCGUCCUUCCUACAAGUUUGACAUAGGAAAGGACAGCUAUGACACCACCUCCAAACAAAGGACUCCUUCCUACACGGAUCGCGUCGUGUUCCGCAGUCGGUACAAGGACGACAUCCAGGCAGUCAAGUACUCCUCCUGCCCUGGGAUCAAGACUUCAGACCAUCGCCCUGUGUUUGCCCUGUUUCGGGUGAAAGUGAGGCCUGGCAGAGACAACAUCCCCCUGGCUGCAGGGCAGUUUGACAGAGAGCUCUAUUUAAUUGGAAUAAAGAGGCGAAUCACAAGGGAACUUCUGAAGCGGCAAGAGCAAAAGGACCAAAAAUCCAGCAGCAUAUGUAGUAUUUCCUGAGCUGGGAGCUCUGCAGAGCUGGUGUCAGAGG